AAAAACGCGCCGCAGCAAAACGCGAACAAGCCUCCGCCUCACAUGCGAACAGGACACGUCACGAUCACUCGAGCCUCCACCUCGGGGGUCUCUGUGUGUCGGAGGCUGCGUGUCAGAUGCUGCUCCAUGAGGAGGCGGAGUGAUUCCUCCCGACCGCGAACCACUACCGAGUGCGCACUCGGACGCGCAGCCACACCGUCAGAGCGACUCCGGGGGAUGAAGCAGCGCGGCUGUGCCACGCACGGAUUGUGCUCCGCGUCUCUUUUAAGGACUGGACAUCAUCGUUUGAGCCUUUGAGAGUCUUUUUUUUAUCUUUUCCAAAUGCGUUUUUCAACCAUUUCCGCGAGAAUUGGGUCAUGAUCACAUCGCCCACGGUCUCUAUCGUGAGAAAUAGCACGAAUCCAGCGUGGGAGAAAGGCUCCUCGGGGAAGAAGGGCGCAGACCAGCUUUCCGUGCACAACAACCUAGUCUCUCCGGCAGACCCUUCGCGGCAAGCCAGUCGUCUUCCCAUCAAGAUUCUGAAAAUGCUCACGGCUCGAGCAGGACACAUUUUGCACCCGGAGUACCUUCAGCCGUUACCGUCCACCCCCAUCAGUCCCAUCGAGCUGGAUGCCAAGAAAAGUCCGCUGGCUCUUUUGGCUCAGACGUGCUCUCAGAUCGGCAAACCGGAUCCGCCGUCUUCCUCCAAACUCUCCUCGGGGACCUCGAAUGGAUCUACCGAGAAGGAGUCCAAAGCCGGUCCGCUGAAAAUGAGCGACAUCGGAGCCGAAGACAAAUCGAGUUUCAAACCUUACUCCAAAUCGUCGGAGAAGAAGGACUCGACCGGGAGCCUGAGUGGAGAUAAAAGCAGUUUCCGGGUGCCGAGCGCCACCUGCCAGCCGUUCACCCCCAGGACAGGCAGCCCAAGCUCGUGCACGUCGGUGUCUCCGCUGCCGCCGUCUGAGGGCAAGACGGGGGACAAGGAGGAGAAGAAGGAGGCGGACAGCAAUAAGAACAGCACGGCGGAGAACCACAGGAUAAGUGGAGUUACCUCUGACGUCAGCCAGCACCAGGACAGCACAUCCGGAUCCAAAACGGUUACGUCAGACUCCACGUCUGUCAGCUCCUCGUCCUCCUCCGUGCUCGGAUCCGGACUGGUGGCCCCUGUUUCCCCCUAUAAAUCCGGCCCUGCGGUCUUCCCCUUGCCCCCCGCGGGGAUUUCCUACACUGGGAGUUUAGGUGCCUACGCGGGAUACGCGCAGCCGUUCCUCCCGCACGGGAUGACCCUUGACCCCACCAAGCCCAGCAGCCAGCUGCUGAGCGCGCAGUUCGCCGCCGCGGCCGCCGCCGGCUCGUUGGGGUGCAGUAAAGCUGGAAGCAGCCCGCUGGCCGGGGCCUCCCCGCCCUCCCUCAUGUCCGCGGGCCUGUGCCGAGACCCCUACUGCCUCAGCUACCACUGCACGAGCCACCUGUCGGGCGCGUCGGGCGCCAACUGCGGACAUGACUCUGCGCUCAAAUCCGGAUACCCCUUGGUGUACCCGACGCACGGGCUGCACGGCGUGCACUCAUCGGCCGCGGCGUUCGGCGGGCACCACCCUUUGUACCCGUACGGCUUCGUGCUGCCCAACGACCCGCUGCCGCACGCGUGCAACUGGGUGUCCGCGAACGGACCGUGCGACAAGCGCUUCGCCUCCUCGGAGGAGCUGCUCAGCCACCUGCGGACUCACACGGCCUUCGCGGGCACGGAGAAGUUGAUAGUCGGAUACCCAGGCUCCUCGUCUCUGGCCAGCGCCGCCGCGGCCGCAGCCAUGGCCUGUCACAUGCACGCCAGCCCGAGCAGCCCCGGCGCGCUGGCUCUCAGGGGCCCCCAUCACCCGCUGGGACUGAGCAGCCGCUACCACCCGUACUCAAAGAGCCCGCUGCCCGCCGGCGCGCCCGUGCCCGUGCCCGCGGCCACGGGGCCCUACUACUCCCCGUACGCGCUGUACGGACAGAGACUGACCACAGCCUCCGCUUUAGGAUACCAGUGACCCUUUGUCAAGUCGUUUUAUACACGCAGGGAUGUGGAUCCGUGUAUUUAUUUGCGAUAGCUUCAAAAGCGUGAGUAAAAUAAAAACUAAAUUCUAAUAUAA